UUGUGUAAAUAUAAAGUGCCAGAUUCCGAUGUACCUAUCGCCAUUGUGGUUGUUGUCCAGAACUCUCGUAAUAAAGAGCAGUAUCAGCAAGCCCAAAGCACAGUAGAAUGUUAUGCAGUACAUCACAAAUAUCAAUUUCAUUACGUGAACGUUGAAGAAAAUGGUGAUCUGUCCAAUUCUUGUCCACAGAAGGACUUUAUGUUUCAACGUCAUUGUGUAGUCGCUCGGUUGCUCAGUUCGUGGCGCGAGAAAUGGCUACUUUUCCUUGACGCUGAUAUGGCCGUUAUCAAUCCUAAUCAUCUAAUAGAAGAAUACAUUCCCACCGAUCCUAAUAUCUACAUAGUAUUUUAUAAUAGAAUAUUCAAUCACGAAGUUAUGGCCGGAUCCUAUUUACUUAGAAAUUCUGAGGUCUCUUAUAAAUUUUUGACUCACUGGAGCAAUUAUGAAUUUAAACUUCCCAGAAGUUUCCAUGGAUCGGAUAAUGGAGCUAUUCAUAGUGUCAUUGUUUCAUUUGAACUUCCUGAAAUGAACAGUUCUCGCAAAAAGUGCGAGAAAAUAUGGGCCAUUUCUAGAGAUUAUGAUUCCCUCUCAGUCUAUGAAGUAUGCAUGCAGUUAAUCCUGAAAGCAAAUAAAUUGAAUCAUAUACUAAUAUUAGAUAAGGGAUCUGGUUCGUGGGCUCGAGAUGGGUGGCUCACCAAUUCUGCAUGGUCCGAAAACGACUUUAUAUUGCACGGAUGGCAAAAGAGGCUGAUUCAAGUUGUGGAAUGGGCGCACGUCAGUAUGAAUGCUAGCUGCGUUAAGUACAGCCUAGGCGAGUGCGUCUUCUACGGAAUCUACAGUCUUAAUCGCUGUCUUAAAAAUUUGUAGAG